CAAACUACUUUUUUCGUUUGGACAAGUGAAUUUGUUUGGCACUAAUCCCUCUGGAGAAGUGGAGUUAAAAUUAUAUCGAUCCCUAUAGACGAACGUAGUGACACUCAUGUGUACAUUAUUUGUUUAACUUCUUGAAGCAUCAAAUACACCAAAACUCUAACACUUACCCUAACGAUUCGAUGUAAAAAAUGAUGUUACUAUAUUUUCAGAACAUCUAAUUAUUUAGUAGAUAUUUAGGUAUAUAUAACAUGAAAACAAUGUGGAAGAAGGAUUAUGGACUGGUAAACUCAGUAAUGGGCAACUUAAAGGGGCCUUUUCACAGAUUUUGGAAUUUUUUAACUUAUUCAUUAAAUGCUUUAUAUCGAUAAAUGAAAACAUUGGAUCGUAAAAGCUCCAGUAAAAAAUCAAGAAUAAAAUUUAAAAAAGGAAAAGAAUAUUGCCCUGACCAGGUUUCGAACCAGUGACCCCUGGAGUCCUGCCAGAGUCCUGAAGUAAAAACGCUUUAGCCUAUUGAGCUAUUCCGCCGAGUACAUAUACAUGAAGUAUUUUAUACCUUUUAUAAGCAAUCUUCGUAGUUUCACAAAAUUUAACGACAAAAACAGAAUUCUCCAAAUUAUUCAAUCGUUUCGCGUUGCAACGCUUUAUAAUUUUUAGGUUUUAAAAUCGUCAAAAGAUGCAUAUAAUGGCUAUAUUAGACCAUGGUAAAUGUUCAGUAUUACUGUUUCCUCACAAAUAUCAUAACUAAAACGAAAAUUUGCGAAUCUGAAACAACUUUUUCAAUUUUGUCAAUUUACCAAAGCGUGAAAAGAUCCCUUUAAAGCUGUACUCUUAAGUAUUAACAAUCAGAAAUGAUUUAUAUUCGAUAAUCUACCAAAACUCGAUUAAGUUUGUUUUGUUCAAAUCAGAGCUUAAUUUACGGCGUUGAAAUGGGACACCCCUUCUUUACAAUUUUUUCAAUUGAAUGCCGGUGUAUACAAAUACCGAAAUAUCGAUAUAAGGCAUAAGACCAUUAAGUUUCAGAAAAUUGAAUUGUGUAUUGGUAUAUUGAGAAUUGAAUACAAACUUUAAAGCACUGUUUAUUAUACUUGAAGAAUGGAUUGAAUUGCUUUGUUAAUAAUGUGAAUUGCGAAUCACAGCUGUAUAUUCAGGCAAUUAUUUGAUCGUUGUAUUAUUGAAUCAACUCUCAAGUUUAGGUAGCAAUAUGAAUAAGAUUCAAUAUUGUGUUCGCAGGGAAACUAGAGGUAAGAUUUACGGAGUUUAUUUGAUGUUAGUCAAAAAUUCUAUUUAUCUAACUUUCAUUCGUGGAAAAAAUGUGAACGUUCACUUAAACAAAUAUUAAUUGUAUAUCGGAAAUAUAAUGGUAAUGUAACAAAACACGGAUUAAUUUGCUUUUAUUUUAUUGAAUGAAGUUGAGACGAAUGCGUUUUUGGUUUAUUUAUCCGUGUUCUAAUAAAUCUAUGUAAAUACGCAAUGUUAUUUCACAUUCAGUUUUGUUGCACCGCACCUGCGUUUUAACACAACUUUUGUGUUGAACACCGAAAUGCGGUGUGCACUAUUGUGGUGAACACCAAACUGCGUAAUUCCAAGUUAAAUCUUAUAUAAUCUGUGUUAACAUUCGUUAAGCUCAUAUGGACAUUUUUUUUUCUCCAAUAAGCAAACAACCAAUCCAAUCAAAUGGUCGGUAUUAACUGAAAAAGGGACCUUUUCACAUAUUUAGGCAUGAAUUGGAGUUUGUCAUUAACUGCUUUAAAUUCAUAAAUAUAAACAUUCGAACUAUAUAGCUCCAGUAAAAAACGAGAAUAAAAUUAAAGAAAGAACAAAAGGAAUCUGGACUCGAACGACUGACGGUUGGAGUAAAAGUUUAGCCCAUUACCCACUCGGCCAUCCGUGUUCUUACAAUGAGUUUAAUUUUUAAUACAUUAUGAACGCAAUUCUCGUAAUGUAACAAAGUAUAACAAAACCCUCCAAAUUAUUCAAUCGUUUCGCGUUUGUAACGCUUUCGAAUUUUCAGAUUUUUUAAAUCGUUAAAAGAUGCAUUUAAUUGAUAUUGAACACAUGGUAAUUGUUUAGUAUAAUAGUUUACUCGCAAAUACCAAUACUACCGUAACCACGAAAAUUUAUCAUAAUUUGAUAUUUCAGCAUGGCUUAUUAUAUGACAAAUUAUAAUCAGGGUCAUUACUUUUACAAUACCAAUAUAAGGUGUAAGUGAUAUGACAUCACGAAAUUACUUCUCGCGAAAUACUUAAAAUUCAUAAAUUGAGUAAUUUGUUGAAUGAAAACUUUUAACGUAUGGAAAGCUGUUUCGGCAAUUUGAGUAAAGGAACAAAAUUGAAUGAUAUGGAAUAUAAAGGAUAACGUUCGCCCCAGCUCUGUCGUAUGUAUUUAUCAAUGUAUAAUGUCAUAUUGAAUGGUUACGAGUUUGUCACUGAAACGCAAAUUAAAAACACGGAUAAUGUUCGUAUUUCUUUUUAUUGUUUAAUACCCACGACAUCCUUCUCAGAGGAACAUCAAACGGGUGAUAAAUGCCAACAUACAUCACGAGUAACUGUCAGUUUUUUGUAAGAUAUUUAAAUAUACCUAAGAUUUUCGUUUGAACAAAGUUGUGUAUACACAAGCGAAACGCCUGAAUACUUUAUCGUUGUGUAUUUAUUUAUUGUUAAACAUAUGGUGUUUAUGCAUACUAGUUUUGCUCAGAAAAGCGUGCUAUUUAAAUUCAUUAUUCUUAUUGUAUAAAAUAGUUUUCAGUAUAUUAAUUUUAUUCAACAUGGUGCAGGUUUUUGAUUAGGUGGGCACUUUUUGUGUCAGAAGAGCGUACUUUGAGUUCACUCCAUCGAAGCGUUCCAACAUCAAGCAAUAUCAAAAACUUCAAACAAAAAUCAUGCAGAUUCCAGAGCACUUCACAGAAUUGUCAAUCCGGAUGUCUGUAGCACUUGAUGACAGUGGAGCUGGGAAGGAAACUGUAUUGGAGCGAAAAAAAACUUACUUGCGGAGGGAGCAAAUUGAACAUAUAUUUCUGCAACACUUAGGAAAAGACGAGGAGUGUUUUCAUUUUGGGAGCCAAUCGGAAGGGACCACAACUCCCGGUCUCCAGUCUGAUAUUGAUCUCCUAUCAAGUUACAAGGAAAUGAAUAUCAUGACCGUCUGGGAAGACUGGAAGGCUGGGAUGGCGAACCUUCUGAUGCUCCGCGAUGACACCACUCCACCUCAACAGUACUUGCUACAAGUCUUCUUAGAAGACACACCGGAACCGGUGACCAAUCUUACACAUGACACGUUCGUAAGGAAAGAUUCUGGACAAAUACUGUUUAGCGCUGAAAGAUUUAAACAAUACCAAGAGUAUAUGGGUAGGUUUUUAGGAGAGGCAACUACAAAUGGGCCUUCUGUGAGUUUUGUACCUAACUGGGAUAUGGUGCAAGCAUGUCAUGUGCUCAAACCUCUUCAUGAAAUACAACACUGGAUAGACAGAUGUAGAGGUAGACCCUGGCCUUCUGUUCAGCUACUUGAGGCUGCACGGGUAGCGCCGUGUUUCUUGGUACCAGCCGGUCAUCCAGACAGUGACUACAAGCGCGAAGAAUGGCGACUGUCUCCAAACCUGAUAGAACGGAUGUUGAUGUUUAGCUUUAAUAUUACACAGAUAAAAUGUUAUAUUUUGUUUAAACUAAUAAAAAAAUCAGUAUUCGCUAAAAUUGUAGGAGAAUCUAUUACAAGCUUUCAUUGUAAAACUAUAAUGUUUUACACCAUAGAAAGAACACAUCCUUCUAUGUGGUGCGAACACAACCUUAUGUUUCUUCUUUUGCUCUGUUUACACGUAUUAAAGCGAUGGCUACGAUUGAGAAGGCUUCCGCAUUAUAUCAUAGAAGGAGUGAACUUGUUCGAUGGGAAACUCUCAAAGUCGCAUCAGAAACGCCUUCUAGUGUAUAUAGAGUUAUUGAUACGGAACAACCUACAAGAUGUAUUUUAUAUUGGUAUAGAUAAUAUAGGAUGUCGGUUACAAGCGUGUAGUAUGCGGCACUUUGUACAGGCUGGAGAAUUCAGAGGUGUAUGCUUGCGGAACAGCAUCAGAUUACUGCUGAAGUUUGAGUGUUGGAUAAGGUUGUCAAGUAGUUUAGUACACUUACAACAUCAUCAAUGCAGUUCACAUACAACCUUGCAGCAACAUUUAAAAUAUGCUAUAUACAAAUUUCAUGAAAACUCCACGAAUGUCAUACUGAAAUCUGCUGCUAUCGAAUUUAUUAAACACUUCUACGCGUUACACAUUUCAAUGCAAGCAUCUUAUUAUUUGCGACUACGAAACGUUCUUGACAGCGAAAAUAUAAAGCGUUUCCAAUAUUCCUUAAAUAUGGAUGUAGCUUCUAGUCGCUUAAAGUUUGCUUCAAUGUUGUAUUGUGGUGGUCAUCUUCGAGCAGCAGUUCGAGUGUUGGAGAAUGUAGAGGGGAGUUAUCACAGCAAUGUCAAGACUAUAUGUGGAUGUAGAAGAGCACAGGGAGACAGUGAUCUGCAGGUGUUCGCUAAUAUGUUAUCAGGCAACACUGAAAAUGGAUUCAGUGAAUUGCCAUUCACAUUCUGUGUCCAGUUAUUAAGGCAAGAAUCGUACUGCACUCCUUUCAUAUUGCUGUUUGAAAUGAAUCGCAAUAUCAGUGAAGAUGAAGUUGCACAGAGAAGUCGCCCUGAGAAACGAUGGAUGGACUCUGCUAAGGUGGAUUCUCGUCCAUUCCUACACUAUCUUCAGUACCUCACGUAUGGGGGACUCGGUGAACGUGGCAAUCAGCUAUAUGCGUUGAGAUUCUUAGAGUCUUACAUCUGUGAUAAAAGAAAUAUGAUACACAUGUAUCACGCUGAGACUUCAUUGAACUUGUUGGGACACUGCUAUGAAAUGGAAGGAAACUAUGAAGAUGCGCUACAUUACUACGAACAAUCGUUGCGAUUUUACGAUACAAAUAAUGCUGCUAAUUGGCACGUCCGGCGCGUUCUGCGUAUUAUAAGUGGUUGAAAAUACGAUCUAGAAAGUUUUCUAACAAUUUACUUAUGAUGGCACUAAACAUAAUCACGUUUUUGAUUGAAUAUACAAUUUAAAAGUUUAUAGUUAUUUUUAUAAGUAAACCCAGUAUGAAUAGAAUUCAAAUGAUUUCAAAGAAUCAUAAUGACAAUGUAUUCUAGAUCAACACAUAAUGCAACUUCAACUAUUGUGAAAGGAUUUAUUUUUAAUUAAUUGUAUUAUGCGCAUCAUAUGUAUGAAUUUAAGUUUAUAUGAGUGUGUUUAAACUACAUUUAACUAUGGUAUUUAUUUAGAGAUCAGAUGUCAUUGUUCUUGUUCGUAAAUAUUUUUGCUCAAUAGAUUUUCUGAAAGCUCUUUUCACACGACUGUAAUUCUUAUUUAUACUAACAACAAUAAGUAUAGUUAUGCAUAAUUGUUCUCUAAAAAAUAAUGUAUGUUUUCUAGAUAUGUUUAGAUACAUAACAAUUUAAUACAUAACGUUUAAGGUUAUUUGUUGCUAUUAUAUAUACUUAUGCUAAUUUUUGGCACCGCACUUUCAAUCCAACACUGUAUUCUCUCGCUGCAUAAAUGUAUCUUUCAUUUAUAUGACGAUACAAGGUAAUGUGUGUUUGGUAUUGUAGUUUGAGAAAUAUUGAUUCGGUAUAUGCGUAGCAAAAUAAUAACUCAGAUAUGGGAAAAUAUAUAUAUUGUAUUCAUCGAUACUAAUCUCCACGUCGCAUCACCCUCCCAUCGAGGCGACGCACUAUAGGAUUGUUGUUUAAUUAAAUAAAGCAUUCACUGUGGAAAGGUGGUUAAAUGCAUGUGCGAAAAGUGUCGUCCCCCAUUAGCAUGUGCGGUCCGAAUGACACUUUCCGCCUAAACUAUUUUUUGCUAAGAAGAGACUUCCUUAAAACGAAAAAAAAAUCAUAAAAGCAGUAAAUGUCGUCCCUGAUUAUCCUGUGCGGACUUCACAGGCUAAUCUGGGACGACACUUUACGCACAUGCAUUAAACACUCUGUUCACAUAGCGCAUUUUGCAGGUAUUCGACCGUGUUCAAGUUAUAAAUACAAGAAAUAAAUACAAAUCAUGAACUGCUUUCAAGUCCUAAUGGGCGACAUCGCAACUAAAACAAUACUGCGAAUUGUCUUGAAAUCCAGAAUUCCCACAGCGCGAAAAUCGGCUACACUUUUGCGACGCUAUUUUUCUGAAAGAAGAAAAUCUAAUUUGCCACAGAAAUGACACGCGCUGGUGUUAUUUGUCACUGAAUGUUCGACUCUGAAAUUCUGCUAUAUCGAGUGGCAUCGAAGAACUAUUUCGAGCGACGCUUGGCAACAUAGAAAUUCGGCGCCAAGAACCAAGAACGAUCAAACCUAGACAGGAAAAUCGAAUCUUGACCGAUCCUCUUGUGAAACAAAACUCCGGGCAAUGUCUUCGUCCUUUCUUAACAAAGAAUAUCCAGAACUCAGAACAUACCAGCGUUAUUUAUGUUUACCGAGAAAAACGGAAUGUAUUGAUUGGUAUGUAUCUUUAUAUUUUGUAGAAUAAAACGAUCGUAAUACAGGUUACUGUACGCGUUUUUUUUGGUCACAUUUCUUUCACAGCGUUCAUUUUAAACAAUACGCCUGUUGCGUCUAGGACCGGAAAUGUUACAUAGAUGGUACACAUUGUUUAGUAUCACACCUUGCGAAUGAAUUUCCACUCGGCAAACUUGAGUUUUUUCACGGUCUUUUCAUAAUAACUCGAAAACAUCAACAAUUGCAGCGCAGAAGAAUGGACAUUUGAGCUGCGCUCUGGAAAACGAGGCAUAAUGCAUGUGGGUAAAGUGUCGUCCCAGAUAAGUCUGUGCAGGGACAACACUUUGCACACAUGGAUUAAGCUCCGUUUUCUCAGAGUCAGGCUCAUUUUUAUUGUUUAAAUGUAUGGCAUUUGUGUUGCAAGGUCACACAAUAAGGUAUAAACAUUGUUCUUGGCAGAAUCAAUUUCCUAUCUUUUUAAAAAAAAAAAACUUCAGCAAUUAUACAUUAUCUUUACCUUGAAAAAUGUCUUCGAAGCAACAGUUACGGCCAUGUAUCCAAUAUAUAGUAUUAAAUAGUAUAUAGCAAUUUACACUACCGGUAUAAUGUAUGCAUGUUUUGCUGUUGCUGUCACAAGUAUUGUUAAGUCAAAUCUUGAAUAUGAGCUUUACUUAUGACUUAGUUCCAAAAACAAUUAAAGAUUUUAUUUAUGCCGAUUAAGAUUAUCUGUUCACUCUCUUCGUGUACAGACUGGUAGAUAUAAUGGAAACAAUAUUGCUAGAGAAGAAAUAUAUUGUCUUUGUCGUAACGUCACGGAUAUUGAGGACGAAUUUCAUUUUGUAUGUAUUUGUUCAACAUUUGUUGAUAUAAGGAAGAAAUCCAUCACACAAUAUUACUAUAAUCACCCAUCUGUUUUUAAGUAUGUACAAUUGCUGCAAUCAACCAAUAGGUCGGAACUGAUAACACUUUGUUUAUUUGUUAAAGAUUCGUUGAGUAUAAGAUCAAACUUGUUAAAUUGUAUAACAUAAUUAUCCAAUUGUUCAUCCUCUGUAUUUCAAUAAACAUUUGUUUUGUAUAUAUUCAUGUUUGUAGGCGUUUUUGUUCUUCGCAUAUACAUGUUGACGUAUAUCAAUACCAAUCACAUGUGAUGUUGACGUUAUGCAUUGUUUAAGUCA